AUGAACUGGAACGAGAUACAAGACAGUAUGGAGGCAAUGUCUGGGAUCUUGAUGGAUGUGGACCGUAUCGAUGUCCUAGAGCUACUUAUAGUAGACAAGCAGCAUGAGCAUUAUCUGGCUUGCAUGGCAGCAAGAAUUCAUCUCAAGAUACCGUGGUAUAAUGUACUCCGGGAACCGGGGAAACCACUCCUACUACAUGGCAUUGAGCAGCUAGAGCGACUGCCAUGGUUGGGCUGUUUACGGAUUGUGGGGCAUAUGGGAUUGCUGCUACGCUUUCCUGAGGAUAGGGCUUAUCUAGAAGGUUUUGCGAAAGGCAAGAAACCAGCUGGACUAGGAGAUAAGAAUGAGCACAAACCUGUUGUUCAAGUGCUGAUGCCAGAAGGGAUGGAUUCUGAUGAAAGCUAG